CAAACGAACAUGAAGUCCGAUUUGCCUGGUGAAAAUUGUUUUAUUUGCCGUAAGAAACCUGAAAAUGUUCACAAUACAUCGGAUUCCGAUUGCCACGUAUUCUGUAAACAUUUUUGGUUCAAGGAGGAUGACCUGCGAAAUGCUAUCGUUUGUGGAAUCUGUUGGGAAAAGGUGGACCAGUUUCAUCAAUUCUACCGAGAUGUGCAGAAGCUCCACGGACAGCUUGAAGCGACAGCACUAUCAGUUUUCAUCAAACAAGAGGAAACCGAGAUUGAAGAGGAUCAACUUCAGGAAAAUUGCAUAGACCUGCCUGUGGAUGAACUAAAACCGUUCGAUAUAGUGGACUGCAAGCUUGAGAUUCCGGAAGAAUGCAAUGAACUCCUGAACGAGGAAUCGAGCCAGGAGCCACGAAAGAAACGAAAGUACACGCGACGACCACCGGGUGAAAGGAUUGCGAAACAGAAAAAGCCUCAUUCGCGUAAACUGUUGACCCCUGAAGAACGGCAAGCGGAAGAUGACUUUAUCAAACAACACACCUUCUACUUCUGCGAGGAAUGUAAUAUGGAAUUUGAAAACUUCCGUGCUAUCAAACGUCAUCGAGUAAAAACGCAUAAUAAGGAUACGGUUGUAUGUUGCGGAACUCAGCACAGGACACGUCUUUUCUUGUAUCAGCACGUGCAGAAUGUGCUGAAUCCGGAAGCGUUCAAGUGCGAAAUUUGUAAUGGUACUUUCAAGUAUCAGAGCGGUUACCUUCGUCACAAGAAAGAGCAUCACACUGACAGAAAGGAACCAAUAUUCAAAUGCCAUCGAUGUGAGAAAAGCUUCACUAAAGAAGUGAUAUUGAAAAGCCACUUGAUGGGACAUGAAACACUGGACAAGCAAACGGUUAAAUGUGAGGUAUGUGGCAAGUGCUUCGGUCAUAAACGGUUCCUGAAGAACCAUGUCAAAACUGUUCACCAGAAGCCAACCGAUUUCAUAUGUGAGAUUUGUUCGAAGGGAUUCUACCUACGAUCGACGUUUCUGACGCAUCGCAAAAAGCACGAGCUCACGACGGAGCAGCAACGGAAGCAGUGUCCCAUUUGUAACAAGUGGUUGAGGCAAACCUCCUACUGGCGGCAUGUGCGGCGCCACGAAGAGGAGGGCAAAGAGUACAAGUGUGAGGUAUGUGCACACGUUUCGAUCAAUAUGAUGGCCCUGAAGGUGCACAUGAAUCGCAAGCACGUGCCGGAUAGGAAGAGACAUGUGUGUGAGUUGUGCGGUAAGGAGUACUCACGGCCAACUACUCUGCGGGAACACAUCGCAAAUGCCCAUACAGGAGAGCCGCUCUACCAUUGCCAGUACUGCGAGAAGAAGUUCUUCUCCCUUGCCACAAUAUGCACUCACCGGAAGAAGAAACACCCGCAGGAGUGGCAGGAGGAACAAUUGGCCAAGUAUGCCCCCGCCGACAGUAGGGAAGAUGGAUCAGGCGAAACGGUUUCUUGAAUGCUUUGUAAUGUAGGAAAUAGUCUGUUUU